ACUCCGAGUUCGAGUAAGUUUUGGAGUAGUUGCGUUUCCUUUGCUUCCUUCCACUGACUCGAAGGAGAGGGAGGGAUUUGGUGGCGAUGGGGAGCGGCGCCUCCCGUCACCGUCUUCUUCACUGCCUCCGCCCCGCCGGCGACGGAGUUGAAUCCGGUGAGGUCGACGGAGGCCAUCCGAUCUAUGAUCUGGGCCCGCUGGACGAGGCCUUGGGCCACUCCUUCUGCUAUGUCCGGUCUUCCUCCCCUGUCCACUCCCGAUCCUCCUCGCUUCUGUCUGCCGGAGACGAAGAUAGAGGUGGAGGUGCAGCGGGAGGCGGGGAGAUCGCUUUCAAGACCAUCUCCGGUGCGUCCGUCUCCGCCAACUCUUCCGCCCCUCUUCCCCUGUACGAUCUCGCUGGCCGCCCUAACUUGGCUGGCUUUCGGAGCUCCUCUUCUUUCUCGGCCAUUCCGCUCCAGCUCUCCGCAGCUGCGGUGGCCUCGGGGCCGCUCGAUCGCGGGUUUUUCCUCUCCGGCCCGAUCGAGCGAGGGGCGCUCUCCGGACCCCUUGAGCCUGUCCCCUUCUCUGGUCCUCUCGUGAAGAAGAAGAAGCGUCGUGGUAUCUCCAGUAGGUUUCGGAAGCCGAUGCUUCUCCGGAGAAGCAUCUCCGAGAAGAAUCGUCCAUGGGUAUUUCCUCUCCGGAGCUUCCUCGCUCGGCAAGGCGACCAGGAAGUCGAUCCCUCUGUGUCCGUUGCCGAGGAGAACGUGCAGUGGGCUCACGGAAAAGCUGGAGAGGACCGGGUCCACGUGGUAGUCUCCGAGGAGCAGCGGUGGCUCUUCGUUGGGAUCUAUGAUGGGUUCAAUGGGCCAGAAGCCCCAGAAUUCCUCGUCGGAAAUCUUUACCCUGCGGUGUUGAGCGAGCUCCGUGACCUUUUUUGGGAGGAAGUUGAAGAAGACGCGCCCGGGGAAGCAGAUUUAGAUGAAGGGAGCGAGAAAAGAGUCGCCUUUCAAGAGGAUUCCAAGGUUGGAAAGCGGCUCUGGGAGUUGCUCGCCGAGGGAGACGGAGACGGUGAACUUGACAUCUCCGCGGGGUCUGGCGGGUUUGCCUUCACAUUAUCGAAGAUGAGGUAUGGGAUUGGGAGCUGGCGGAAGGAUGGCCGGAAAAUGUGGCUUCCCAAGUGGAUAUACGAUUCCGAUGAAAAGGUCAAAGAGAUCAAGCAAGUCGCCGUGAACAGUAGACACAGGAAGAGGAAGAAUGGUCCUGUGCCUGAUCAUGGAUUGGUUUUGGCAGCGCUUGCACGGGCGUUGGAGACUACGGAGCAUGAAUACUUGGAGAUGGCGGAUAAGGUGAUGGAUUGCAACCCUGAGCUAGCCCUGAUGGGAUCCUGCCUGCUGGUUGUGUUGAUGAGGGAUGAAGAUGUUUAUGUGAUGAAUGUAGGAGACAGCCGAGCAAUUGUGGCACAGAAUAGAACAAAAAGAAACCCCGAUGACAGGCUCGGGGGACGCGUAGAGACUCUGGAAAUCGAGGGAUCCAAUCAAGAAUUGGAACUUGGAGCAUUGCAGCUAUCAACUGAUCACAGCACGAGCAUCGAAGAAGAAGUACUUAGAAUAAGACAAGAACACCCAGAUGACAAUAAAUGCAUAGUAAAUGACAGAGUAAAGGGUAAACUGAAAGUCACAAGAGCUUUUGGGGCUGGUUAUCUCAAGCAGCCCAAGUGGAAUGAUGCAUUGUUGGAAAUGUUCCGGAAUGACUAUGUAGGAACUGCGCCGUACAUAUCUUGCACACCUUCACUUUGCCACCGUAAGCUGGGAACAAAUGAUCAAUUCUUAGUUCUCUCUUCUGAUGGUCUGUACCAAUAUCUGAGCAAUGAAGAAGUUGUCUUACAUGUACAAAGUUUCAUGGAAAGGUUUCCAGAUGGAGAUCCUGCCCAAAGUUUGAUCGAGAAACUUCUCUUUCGCGCUGCCAAAGAAGCAGGUUUGGACUUCCAUGAACUGUUGGACAUACCUCAGGGUGAUCGCAGAAAAUACCAUGAUGAUGUUACAGUAAUGGUUAUAUCUCUUGCAGUUGAUGGUAGAAUAUGGAAGUCAUCUGGAAAAUGUGUGAAAUGCUGAAGUUCUUAGAUUUUUGGCUUUUGAUAGCAUAUCCAACCACUGGCUCUUGGCAUACAUUCAUGUUUUACAGAAGCUUAAGUGAAAAGUAUUUCAGGCUCUAGCACACGAUCUUGAGCCAACUCAUUCUGAAAGAUGAUAACAAACGUGCCAAUCUGUGAUUCUGUCUCGGCUUGCUGAAUUUAGGUUGCUCUCCAGUGUUUCAACCGGAACUUGGUUUGUGCUGGGAAAGAGAAGGGGAUUACCUGGAAGAAGCACAAGAAAGCUUGAUGUUUAAUAACUUCUUCCCCGCGGUUUGAGGCUCAUGAUGGAGAAGUUUGAAAUCGGAACACGUGUGAGCAUUAGGAAUUAAUUUGGAGUUACUUCCAGCAAAUCAUAUUUCACCAAGUCAAAUUCUUUUUGGCGAAAUUGGAUCAUCUUUCGCGCAUACAAUUAAUUCAGGUAUGCUUUCGCUCUCCAUGAAAUCAAACUGCAUCAAGGAGACUAUCCAAGCCGAGAAAGUUUUGAUCAAAAUUAAUUUUCUUGCUUCCUCUCUUAUUCUGUAGUUCAUUACCAAAUUUGUGUUACACUUGCACUCUGAAACUUUCUUCAGACAUAUAUAAAAUGCAGUGUAGGAUUUCAUCCGUUUUUUUUUUUUUUUUUUGCAAAUUUACUCCUUAAACAUCCUCAAAUUUUGUAAUUGUCUUGGUGUUUUUUUAAGAGGUGUCUCUUCUUUCCUUG